AUGGUUGCUGACACUCUUAUCUACCACCCCACAUUGAACAAGUUCAUCAAGUUCAUAGACACCACUCCCAAGAGAGAGAAGUGUUUCAGAUUGGUGGCGUACUUGUCCAGAUUCUUGUCCUACUACUUGCAGAGACAGGGAUUCUCCCUCGAGACCGUGCAGAAGUUCAAGGACUUGAAGCAGCAUGUCACCAUGAUCAGAAAGGGUAUGAGAUUCUUGAAGCCUUUGAACCACUUGCAGGCGGCUUCUAAGGCUUACGACAACAAGCUUGCGGAUAGUGUGUUGCUGGCCACCACUGUGAUCAGAAACUUGGGUUACGCCGGUUACUUGUCGCUUGACUCCAUCACCUGGUUCAAGAUGAUGGGACUUAUCGACAAAAAGAAAUUCCCAACGGUCGCCACCUGGGCAUCCAGAUUUUGGGGUAUUGGCUUGGUGGCCGGUUUGGUCAACUCGAUUAGAACGUACCGUAUUACCCGGGCCAAGUUGGCAGGUGCUGACGAGAAGACUGACAUUGUGGCACUUGACGACAAGAUCUAUCAGGCCAAGAGAAAGUUGGUGUGGGACGCCUUGGACUUGUUCAUCUGUCUUAAUACUUUGAACUACUUGCACUUCACCGAGGGCGAUGUUGGUGCUGCCGGUGUCAUUACCUCGGUCAUGGGCUUGAAGGAUUUGUGGGCUGCCACCUAG